AUGGCGGACGAUGAGAAAACAGUCUUAGCCUUACAUGAGCACGCCGAGCAACCGGGUGCCGCCUGUACCGCAGCUGAAGAUCCUUCAGGGUCAUUGGUAGCACGGCGGAAGAUGGAAAGACGAUUGGUAUGGAAGCAGGACGUGACUAUCCUCCCGCUUCUAGCCAUGUGCUUCUUUUUCUCUUACGUGGACCGUGGCCAGAUUGGCAACGCACGCUUGAUGGGGUUGCAGAAGGACCUACAUCUGAGUGCCAGUCAGUAUUACAAUGCCUUGCUGGUAUUCUUCAUCGGUUAUAUGGUCAUCGAACUGCCCUGCUGCCUUGGUCUGAUGUAUGUCAAACCGGGACACCAAUUCGGCUUCGCCACCAUCGCCUUCGGCGUGCUUGCUACUUGCAUUGCCGCGUGCAAGACCUACGGCUCCCUCAUCGCCAUCAGGUUCUUGCUUGGUUUGAGUGAGGCGUUCGUACAAGUCGGCUUCCUAUAUCUAAGUUUGUGGUACCGCCACGACGAGAUCGCGCUGCGUUGUGCUCUCUUUUACGUUUCGGGGCCCCUCGCCGGUGCUGUCAGCGGGUUGAUUGCGUACGGAGUUGCCAAAAACUUGAAUGAAGCCCAUGGAAUUGCAUCGUGGCGUUGGCUUUUCAUCGUCGAAGGUAUCCCAACCAUCACCUGGGGCAUCCUGGUCUUCUUUGCCUUGCCUUCGAGGCCUGAAGUGAUUGCUGAAAAGGGAACAUGGCUCUUCUCCGACAGGACGGAGAGAGAGCUGAUACUCGAAAGGACCGUCGCAGCCAAAAACACCGCACAUGCCAAGUUUGUGCCGCGUCAAGUCCUUCUUGCUUUGACCGACGUCAAGGCCUACCUCGAUGCUUUGAUCGUUGCCGCCUUCGGUCUUGGUGUGGCCGCCUUCGGACUCUUCAUGCCGACUUUCAUCAAUGAAUUUGGCUUCUCGCCUCUACACACCCAACUGUUCACAAUGAUCCCAUACGCGUGUGCGGCGAUUGCCUUGCCGAUCAUCUGCACAGUGGCCGACCGAUUCACCAUGCGAGCGAUGCCAAUCCUCUUUUGCUACAUUUUGUGUUUGGCUGGGUUCAUUUUGCUCCUUGUGACGACCCAAAAAGCUGCACGAAUCGUUGGGACUUGCCUUGUGUCGGCGGGAUCUUACCCGGGAGUCAUCCUGGCUGCCACUUGGGUCAUGUCCACCCACGGAGGAUACACGAAACGGUCAACAACCUGGGCAAUGUGCCAGCUGCUUAUUCAAUGCUACAGCAUUUUGGGGACCAAGAUCUACGACAAGCCACCACGGUUCUUCAAAGGCCAUGGCAUUCUGCUCGGUUUGCAGACACUGGCGGCGGUGUGCGUUAUGUUGAAAUGGUGGAUGAUGUGGAGGGGGAACAGGCAGAAGGAUGCUUUAAAAGAGGAGUACGAUGGUAGAGAGGAACCGAUCCCGGGAUUAGAGGAGAGCAUUGAGGUGCUCAAUGAUCGGCAUCCCGGCUUCAAAUAUCUCUUGUAA